UACGGGAGCUUUGUUCAACAUGUCCUAUCCGGCAGUUCGAAGACAGCCCAUCUCGUCUGAUCCUUCUUACUUAAAACGGUUUGACACAUUGGAAACCUUAUUUGUUGCGAAAUACAACAGAAAACCAGACUUCUAUGCCAGAGCACCGGGCAGAGUGAACAUUAUCGGUGAACAUAUUGACUACAUGGGAUAUGCAGUGCUGCCUAUGGCUGUGCAACAAGACAUCCUAAUUGCGUGCGGAAAAAACGAUUCCAACACACUCAAUAUUGCAAACAGUGAUGGCGCCAAGUUUCCGGAAUUCCACGCAAACGUCAGUGACUGUGAAAUAGAGAAAGGAGGAGCUUGGCACAAUUACUUUCUAUGUGGUUUUAGGGGAAUAGUGGAGCAGCUGGGAUUGACAAGUCCUGUAGGAAUGGAUGUAAUCAUAGAUGGAGAUGUUCCAAUGGCUGCUGGCCUGUCUAGCUCAUCUGCGUUAGUCUGCUGUUCUGGUUUGGCUACGAUGCAUGGAAAUGGAGGGCAGUUGACGAAAGUUGAAAUAGCAGAUGUUUGCACUUGGUGUGAACGCUACAUUGGAACAGAAGGUGGAGGGAUGGAUCAGUCAAUAUCAUUCCUAGCAGAGGCAGGACAGGUUUGUGUUAGCAGUUUUCUAACUAGACUAGAUAAUGAUGGCAAAUGCCAUCGUGUGAGUGACUGUCUUAAUAGCAUAUUUAGAGAAAUCCGUACUGAAAAGAAGAAAGAAAAACAAAUUAUAGCCACACCCCAUAUAUUGAUGAACGCUUCUCUUGCUUUAUACAUUGACUUUGCAAUAAGUGACAGGACUUCUAUGUAG